ACAGAAACACAAGGUGAUUUUGUCAAUUCAUUGGCAACUGAAGUUGGAGCAGCCUCCUUCUCGGAUAUUAAUGAUCUGGUGGCCUUUGUCAACUGGCUAGAUGAAGAGCUUUCCUUCCUGGUUGAUGAACGAGCUGUCCUCAAGCACUUUGAUUGGCCUGAAUGGAAAGCAGAUGCACUAAGGGAGGCAGCUUUUGAAUAUCAGGAUUUGAUGAAAUUGGAGAACAAAGUCUCCACCUUCAUAGAUGAUCCCCAACUCCCAUGUGAAGCUGCUCUGAAGAAAAUGUAUUCACUGCUUGAAAAAGUGGAGCAAAGCGUAUAUGCACUCUUGAGGACAAGAGAUAUGGCUAUUUCACGUUACAGGAAAUUUGGAAUCCCAGUAAAUUGGCUAUUGGAUUCAGGAGUUGUUGGCAAGAUCAAGCUUUCUUCUGUACAACUAGCAAAGAAGUAUAUGAAACGUGUUGCAUUUGAGCUUGAUGCAUUAUCUGGCCCUGAAAAAGAACCAGCCAGAGAGUUUUUGAUUCUGCAAGGAGUGCGUUUCGCUUUCCGUGUCCAUCAGUUUGCAGGAGGCUUUGAUGCAGAGAGCAUGAAGGCUUUUGAAGACCUAAGGAGCCGCAUCCAAUCCUCCCAAGCUAGUGAAGAUAUCAAAUCAGAAAUAUAG